CCGCGGCGCGAGGAGAUAUUGACGUAAGGGCACCGUGGCUGCAUCACAGGCCUGCACAAGCUCACCACGUCGCCCGUCAACUGAUUUGAUCCCGCCAGCACCGCAUUCUCUCGAGUUUUACCUUGACCGCUUCACGAUUCCACGGCCAUCUAAGAUAGCACGCAUGGCCUCGUCUGCCGCCGCGAAGGCGACGUGCGUUGACCACGCUGUGCCGUAUCGUCAGCGGCUUUCUCGUAGCGAAUUGCCUCCCAAUACUCCACCGUUGGCGGUGAGAUGGUUCUUUGCAACAGAUAUUCCAAAGACAAAGCCGUUUGUCGAGAAGGACUGGAAACCUCCCAAGCCGCCGUCCAAGUUCGUCCCGUUCUCGGCCACCGACUCGCGCAAUAUCGAGGCUCUAUACCAGCGGAACCCGACAAACGUGUCUGCCGACCAGGCCUCCGCUGGGACGUCGAUUGCCGAUUGCGAGUCAGAACUCGACACGGUCGCUGUGAACGAAGAUCGGCUGUUUAAAGUCGACAUUCGGAAGCGCGAGCUGUCGCCGAUAUACUGGGCCGGGCCGACGUACGACGUCAGACGGGGCACUUGGUUCUAUGCUGACAGCAGCACGCUCAAGCCUUGCGAUGAGAAUCUGGCGAAUCAGAUUGAGGAAGGGUAUUUGAAGAACCAACCAUUCUGUAAGCCAGUCACACCACCCUCGACAGCGACCGAGCCAGCGGGUGCAGAUCUCUCUGUGGACAAGAGCACUGCUGCGCCAACUCAUGAAGGACAGACUGAACCAGCGCGUGAUUCCGCUCGAGCUACUACACAGCAACCGCAGUCCUCUAUAAUCCCCGAGGAAGCCCAACACGAAUCCACAGAUAAAGCUGGCGGGAACGGAAAGCGAGCACGGACUGCUCCAUUCACAGACUCUCUCACGAGCGCAUUCACCUUCCGCACCAGAUCUAAAUCUCCGGCGUCCAAGAAAGACGGAAGCUCUACGGUCCAACCACUGACAGAGACAGGGGAUGCCAAACAUUCUCGCACGACGUCGUCGGCUGGUAUCCAACCGACGCUGCUAACAUGGCCGCUAUACGGUCCGCAUAUGGGAAAAUACGUGAUCUACUCGACUGAUGCGAGCACGGCGUGGAUCAUCAGUGACGAUUUUUAUGGCAAGUUCUCGUCGACUAUUUAUCAGCGACUCACGGCGGGAGCGAGUAUGGGAGGCCUGAAGAUCGUGCGGGGGUGGUCGAAUGUUCGAAACAAAAAGUCAGCAGCGGCAGCGCCGACGACGAGCAAUGCCGGUACGUCGACGGUGGCAGAAGGAGUUGCGAGUUCCUCGCCGCCAUCUUCAGGACAAGAAAAGCCGAUACUGAACAUGGGAGGAGGUACGCCCGGCGAAGCGGCAGCGCAGUUGGUAGAGGCGCUGAAGUCGCAGCAUGAGAAGGAGGUUAAAUCGUCAGAGACUGAGGACGGGCGCGAUAACAAGAUUUUGGAAGAUCAGAUGGAGCAAGACUAUGCGCGUGACGAAGAAGAGGACGAUCAGAACCGGGAGAUUGACCACGUCGUGUUGUGUGUGCACGGUAUUGGCCAGAAGCUGGGGCAGAGGCUCGAGAGCGUGAAUUUCGUGGGGGAUGUGAAUACGUUCCGCAAGACGAUGAAGGCGGUGUACGCGUACUCGCCCGACUUGCAGGCACUGAAUGGAAUCGCGGGAGGCGAUUCGUCAAAGCCGAAUUCAAGGAUUCAGGUACUACCGGUGUGCUGGCGGCACAAUAUCCAUUUCGGGCUGAAGCAGGAGUCAGAGGAGGGUAGUGGUGCGAAGGAGCAGGAUAUUGGGAGGAUGGAUAGUCAGGUUAGUGAGGCGACGGAGGAGGAGGAUGCGGCGUCGCUUGCGGACAUCACUAUUGAUACUGUUCCUGCGUUGAGAGGUGUGAUAUCAGAAGUUUUGCUCGACAUUCUUCUCUACUACCAACCCGCGUAUCGAGAGCGCAUCAUGCUGAACGUCGUUGCUGAAUGUAACCGCAUAUAUCGCCUUUUCCAGAAAUGGAACCCGACAUUCAAUGGAAGAAUCAGCAUUGCAGGCCACUCGCUCGGCUCCGCUAUUGCCUUUGACGUUUUAUGUCGCCAGCCGGAUAUCAUUUCUUCUACCGCAGCAGCCGGGAAGAGCGGUAGCCGGCGGUCCGAGGCGAAGCUUGCACUGGAGUUCGAGGUCGACUCGUUCUUUGGGCUGGGUAGUCCGGUCGGGCUGUUUCAGAUGUUGAAGGGCAAGUCGAUUGCGCCGCGGUCGGUGAUUACGGAGAAAGAUGGGGAGACGGGCGGGAUGCUGUCGCCGCUCGAUUACGAUCUCGACAAUCCGUUCACGGGACCGAGUCCAUACGACGUCAAAGCGGGCGGGCAGGCAAUCUCGCGCCCGCGCGCAGAGGAUAUUUACAACAUCUUCCACCCCGCGGACCCGAUCAGUUACCGGCUAGAACCGCUGGUUGUGAAGCGGAUGGCGUCGCUAAAGCCGCAGCCGAUCCCGGCGAGCCGGCGCGGGCUGAACAGCCAGAUUGCGAACCUGGCGGAGCUGACGUCGAGGGUUGCGCAGAGCGCGUCGAAUAUGUGGAGUAGCAUGGCGUCGGGGCUGGCGAGUACGAUUCUGAACAAGUCGCUUGGGUAUGAGACCUCUGGGAUGGUGGGCGAGGGGCAGACUAUUGCGGCGCAGAACGAAGCUGCUGUUGCUGCUGGUGCUAAUAGUGCUACGGCUACGACGACGACGACGGCGGCGGGAUCGGUAGGUGCUAGCGGCAGCAAUAGCGCGGUGGAUGCCAACAUCGCGAUCGAGACGCUGUACUCGCGUUUCCAGCGGGAAAGCACAAAGGUCACGAGCGAGGCCGACGCGCAGCUCAAGACGCAGCGCGAGACCGAGCUGAUCCACGGGUUGAACUACACGGGCCGGAUUGACUUUGCGUUGCCGGAGGGGUAUAUGGAUAUUACGAUUCUGUCGUCGCUAAGCUCGCAUCUGGGGUAUUUCAAGGACGAGGACGUGGCUAAUUUUGUGAUGGGACAGUUGCUUGCGCGGCCGUAUCCGAAGAGGGUGAAGAGUGAGAGAAGGGGGAAGAGGUAGUUAUAACCGCGAGGUCGAUCUUGAGCGACCAAUCUUAUCAUACAAAAUGAAAAGGGAUGAUUUUCAUUAUGUGCUGGACAAAGAAUGUGUGGAGUGUGGGGAAUGGACAAGCAGGCGCACGGUCAUCAUCAUCUCGGUCGCUUAUCGCUUCUGUUUCAAUUCGAGUUCAGUGUCUAGACUAGAGACA